UUGAGGGGGGCGAGGGGCUGGCCUUUUUUGUUCCGCUGGAGAGUCCUGCUUGAACGGUGAGCAGGAGCACAACAGAACGGCAAGAAAUUACAGCGCUGCGGACCAUCGACUAAAUCAGAGCACCGGGAAGGAUCCCGCUGCGCCGCCGAGGAAGAGUGGUUUGAAAUAGGACGGCAUCGCCCUGCAGCUGCGCCGUUACUGGCUAUAGGGUCAACGGGCAGACGAGCAACUGGCAGCUAUCGGCGUUAGCCUUAACUCCUCUGCGGGUCUGGGGGGGUGUCUGGUAGGGGCAGGGGGCGGGGGUACACCGAGAAAGGAGAAGACUGCACGCCGAGAGGAGGGGGCUGGAAGUCUGAGACGCUUCCAGCCUGAAGGGGGCCGGCGGUUUGGCCACAGCACCCCCCGGACUAGCUAGCUUGUACCCGCGCGGCUAAGUGAAUGGGAUGGAGCCGGGACCGUCUGGCGCUGUGCCCAUGGGGGUCUUCCCCCCACCCCUGCAGCAGGUGUUCCAUGCCCCUCGCCGGCCAGGCAUGGGUACUGUGGGCAAGCCCAUCAGGCUGCUGGCCAACUACUUCGAAGUGGAGAUCCCAAAGAUGGAUGUCUAUCACUAUGAGGUGGACAUUAAGCCUGACAAGUGCCCACGACGAGUCAACAGAGAGGUGGUGGAGUACAUGGUGCAGCACUUCAAGCCCCAGCUCUUUGGUGACAGGAAGCCGGUGUACGAUGGCAAGAAGAACAUCUACACAGUGCUAGCACUUCCUAUUGGGAGUGAGAAGGUAGAUUUUGAGGUGACGAUUCCUGGCGAGGGAAAGGAUCGAAUCUUCAAGGUGUCCAUCCGUUGGCUGGCCAAGGUGUCAUGGCGCCUGCUGCAGGAGACUCUAGUCAGUGGCCGACUGCAGGUCCCCCUUGACUCAGUUCAAGCCCUGGAUGUGGCCAUGCGUCACCUGGCCUCUAUGAGGUACACACCAGUGGGCCGAUCAUUUUUCUCCCCACCUGAAGGAUACUACCACCCACUUGGUGGGGGAAGGGAAGUUUGGUUUGGCUUCCACCAAUCAGUGCGUCCCGCCAUGUGGAAGAUGAUGCUUAACAUUGAUGUGUCUGCCACGGCUUUCUACAAAGCCCAGCCUGUAAUUGAGUUCAUGUGUGAGGUUUUGGACAUUCGCAACAUUGAUGAGCAACCCAAAACCCUCACUGACUCACAAAGGGUCCGCUUCACCAAGGAAAUUAAAGGUGGGCUACUGAAAAGUGUGGAAGUACCUUCCGAAGAAAUAAUGAAAGUAAAUGGCCUGAAGGUGGAGGUGACCCAUUGUGGCCAAAUGAAAAGAAAGUAUCGUGUAUGCAAUGUUACCAGACGUCCUGCCAGCCACCAAACGUUUCCCCUUCAGCUUGAAAGCGGGCAGACAGUAGAAUGUACAGUGGCUCAGUACUUCAAGCAGAAGUACAACUUGCAGCUCAAAUACCCCCACCUACCCUGUCUACAGGUGGGGCAGGAGCAGAAACACACCUACCUGCCUCUGGAGGUGUGUAAUAUUGUAGCCGGUCAACGAUGCAUCAAGAAACUGACAGAUAAUCAGACCUCAACUAUGAUUAAAGCCACAGCUCGCUCCGCACCGGACAGGCAAGAAGAGAUCAGCAGACUGAUGAAGAAUGCCAACUUCAACCUGGACCCGUACAUUCAGGAGUUUGGGAUCAAGGUGAAGGAUGACAUGGCCGAGGUGAUGGGCAGAGUAUUGCCAGCCCCUAUUCUGCAGUACGGAGGACGGAACCGUGCCAUAGCUACACCCAACCAGGGAGUGUGGGACAUGAGAGGGAAGCAGUUUUAUAAUGGCAUUGAGAUCAAAGUGUGGGCUAUUGCCUGCUUUGCCCCCCAGAAACAGUGCAGAGAAGAGGUGCUCAAGAACUUCACAGACCAGCUUCGUAAAAUCUCAAAGGAUGCUGGGAUGCCAAUUCAGGGCCAGCCAUGCUUCUGUAAAUAUGCCCAGGGAGCGGACAGCGUGGAGCCCAUGUUCAGACACCUGAAAAACACAUACUCUGGACUUCAGCUCAUCAUCGUCAUCCUGCCAGGAAAAACUCCUGUCUAUGCGGAGGUAAAGCGUGUGGGUGACACCCUCCUCGGCAUGGCCACGCAAUGUGUCCAGGUUAAGAAUGUGGUGAAGACGUCGCCGCAGACUCUGUCCAACCUCUGCCUCAAAAUCAAUGUGAAGCUGGGAGGGAUCAACAAUAUCCUGGUGCCUCACCAACGGUCAGCAGUGUUUCAGCAGCCGGUUAUCUUCCUGGGAGCAGAUGUCACACACCCCCCGGCUGGAGAUGGCAAGAAGCCCUCCAUUACUGCUGUGGUAGGCAGUAUGGAUGCCCAUCCCAGCAGAUACUGUGCCACAGUGCGCGUCCAGAGACCCAGGCAGGAAAUCAUUGAAGAUUUAUCUUACAUGGUGCGCGAACUGCUGAUUCAGUUCUACAAGUCGACCCGCUUCAAGCCCACCAGGAUCAUUUUCUACAGAGACGGUGUUCCUGAGGGACAGUUGCCUCAGAUUCUCCACUACGAGCUGCUGGCCAUCAGAGAUGCGUGCAUAAAGUUGGAAAAGGACUAUCAGCCUGGUAUCACCUACAUCGUGGUGCAGAAACGUCACCACACACGCCUCUUCUGUGCUGAUAAAUCUGAAAGGAUUGGGAAGAGUGGGAACAUUCCUGCAGGGACUACAGUGGACACCAGCAUCACUCAUCCCUUCGAGUUUGACUUCUACCUGUGUAGUCAUGCAGGAAUACAGGGUACCAGCCGGCCGUCUCAUUAUUACGUCUUAUGGGACGACAAUCGCUUCACAGCUGAUGAGUUGCAGAUUCUAACCUACCAGUUGUGCCACACUUACGUGCGCUGUACCCGCUCAGUCUCCAUCCCUGCCCCAGCCUACUAUGCUCGUCUCGUGGCCUUCCGUGCCCGCUACCAUCUGGUAGACAAAGAACAUGACAGUGGAGAGGGCAGCCAUGUGUCCGGUCAGAGUAACGGUCGGGAUCCCCAGGCGUUGGCUAAGGCUGUUCAGAUUCAUCAUGACACUCUGAGGACCAUGUACUUCGCCUGAGCGUCACCAACCAUCGCCGCCAUCGUUCCCUCCCACCUCAUUUCUACCUGAGUGGGCAAACGGCCCACCGGCACCACCUCAUCCCCAUCCCUUACUCCCUACAAUUGCCCACUACACAUACUUCACAGCAAUCAGUCACUCAAAUCCAAGAAACACAAAUCCCCUCUCCUGUAAAACACAGGUAGACUCUGCAGCCUCAUGCACUCAAAAGGUUAUGAAUAUUACUGUUAUUUUUACUUUACCGGGACUAUUGAUCUUUUUAAGUUGAAUUUUUAAAUCAUGGGUAUUAUGUAAUUGUAUUGUAUGCUACCUUCACACUCCUAUGUAUGUAAGUAUGCAAUACGGAUGGGAGAAAAAUAGAAAACUAGGCGAUAAAAAGGAGAAAAGAAAUCCUAAAAACUUUUUUAACUGCCACCACGAUGCUGCCUCUACCCAUCCAAAUGCCGGAUGCCAGUAUUGCAAGCCCCUUGUUAGAUGGGAUCCUCAUUAGAGGUGGUACUGGGCACGCACACUUACAUGUAUCAUUUUAAUGUUAUCAUGAACUACAUUCAUGUUUUUUAAUGUUUUUGAAAACUGUUUUUUUUUAAACAGCCUUGAGGAGUCCGGGGUAUGGUACAUUAGCACUUAGUGUUAGCAUGUAGGUGCCACCAGUCCUGCACAUAAAGAGUUUGUUAGUACAUGCGAGGCUAGCCCUCUGGUCUUUAUAUUAUAGCAGACAAAGAAAGAGCAGGUGUAGCAUAUUGUAGAUCCAGGACAGGAGUCCUGCCACACACUCUGUCCUGGUUGGCCAGUCCCUUAGAGAUUUCGCCUUUAGAGGCAAGUUUAGCGUAACAGUAGAGGGACCAUUUGCAUAGUGUGUAUCUAAUAUACUUGCACCCCAUGCACCUAAACCAGCAUUGUUAACCAGCCAAAAGUGAUGCCACCCUAUGGAAAGGGGGCACUCAAACAGGAAGAUAAUCUUUUAUUUCUCUAUACAUCGCUCUUUUAGAAUUUACGAGGCACUUUUUAAACUUUACUUUUAUUUUAUUUUACUUCAAAAUGGUGAAACUAGCCUUUGGCGAGACUUUACACUCUACAUUUGAACGUUUCACACCCACACUUUCGUAGCUUUCAGAACAAAGGCAAUAGGCAAGGUCAACACUAUUCUGUAGAGUUAAAAGCAGGCAAAUAUAGUCUAUGAUCACUUAAGUGCUGCAAAGCUGAAGUCGCCUUCAGCAACUGACCUUGCUCCGAUCCGUCUGCACAUUCCAACGUGUAUCAGUGGAAAUGGCGCCAAGCGGCGCGCUCCACGCAUCCACCCGUGCUUUUCUUUGCCUAACUGUACCAACCUAUCCUGCGCCUGUCCCGCUUUUACACAGAGCUCUUCCCCUCUGCAGGCAUUUACAACAGAAGCACACACAUGCCUGCGCUCUCAGUCUCCUUCUCAGCAUGCAGAGACAUAGCUGAUCAAAUGCACUUGUUCCCCCCAUUCCCACGUUAAGCCAAACUCAU